CUGAGUAGCGGUGAAACAGCACUCGCUCGUCAGCAGACAGCUCUCAGCUGAACCCCAGAGCCCCUCAGGAGGGAAACUACGGCUCCCAGAAUCCUCCGCUGCAGCCCAAAGUCAGUUCAGAUCCGAGAGGAACCCCAGAGGAACUCUGGGAGACGUGGUCCGAGUCCAUCAGCUGCUCCCGGAGGCAGAGGGAGGACAGGCUGACGUGCCAUGACAACAGUCGGAGGGAGACGCGCUGAGAGAUAAUCACAGAGCCAUGUCUGCAGGCCUGGAGGACACAGACAACGUGUUCGACCUGAACGAGGCCGUCCCGGAGACAGAGCUGCUGGACAACAGCAUCCAGAAGGGCCGGGCCCAGCUGUCCGUCAAAACGCGCCGCCACCGGCCCUCGCGCUCCCGUUACCGUGACAGCGUGAGCUCCACGGAGGGAGACGACGGCUUCGACAGGAAGGAAAGUCCGGUACAGUCCACCCGCUCACCUCUACACCUGGCCAUGAGAGGCUCCUCCCCCUCACCUGAUUUACUUGUGUCCUCUCGAACCCCCGCAUUUUCCUUCGACGCAUCGCUGGGGCGUCGGUCUCCAGAGGAUGAGGGCGCCUCAUUGGCCGCUCCACCACGGGGGCGGUACCAUCAGCUGACCAACACCACGUCACAGGAGGCUCUGGUGACACCGAGCAGCUCGCCGUCUAAAUCCUGCCCUUCCUCUGACUGCUCACCUGUAUACAUGAGGAGGAACAGGAGGCCGGACAGCGAAGUUCUGGUUUCUGAUACGAGUCGAGACACGAGUCCAGCCGAUCCUGGCAGUCCGACCGUCGUCUUUGAUAAGAAGACAAAGAGACGUUUCCUGGAUUUAGGGGUGACGCUCAGACGUUCCUACAUCAGAGUGAGGAAAGAUAAAUCUAACAGGCUCUCUGUGGGCAGCAGAGAACCGUCUGAGAGUCCGUCUCGGUCCUCUGGAUCCUUCGUCUCAUUUUCCUGGUUCACUGAAGGUCGGGGGUCCUUCUCCUCCUCUGGGACUCCUCCAUGUUCUCCUAAAAUCCCCCCGCUGGGCUCCCAGAGACCCAGGAAGUCCCACUCACAGGAGUCGGCUCUCAGUGAAGAGUUUUCUCCUCCUCCCACCUCGUCUUCCACCUCUCCUCCUCCAGAGUCGUCCUCCAGAUCCUCCCAUCCGUACCACACCCUGUCCCAGUCCUCCGAUGAGCCCGGUGACGAGCCUUCCUCCUCCGUCUCCUCCUGGUCGACCCAGGAGGUUUGUCAGUGGCUCCGAGGACUCCACAUGGACCAGUACAUCCCAGAGUUCAGCGCCAGAGACAUCGAUGGAGAGCAGCUGCUGCAGAUGGACGGCACCAAGCUGAAGGGUCUGGGCGUGCUCAGUUCGUCCGACCGCAGCGCUCUGAAGCGCCGCAUCAAAGACGUCCAAACUGCGGCGGAGAAAGAGAGGAAAGCUCUGGACAAACUGGAGAAACAGAAGGAAAAACAGCGCAGGAAAGACCAGGAGCAGCGCAGGAACUGACAACCACCACCAGAGGGAGCCAGAGGAUAGUCCACGCAUUUCUGUCAGAGUGGGACGUCAACCGCAAUGAACUAUCUGUGGUUUUUAAGGGAAACCUGAAAUUCCUGACUGCAGAUUUCCAGACCUGGAAACUGGUUUGAGGAAAUGAGACUGAGAGAAAGUUCUGGAGAAACAUGAAAAAUGAUUAAAUCUUUCAAACAUU